UAACUUCUAUUCAAAAUAAUAUGUUACUGCUUAAAUGGCAUUCAAAACAUGAAUAUCCAAUGAAUUUGAAACAAUUACAACAUAUCUAAGCAGCAGCAAAGACGUAUAAAUAAUAUUUUAUCUUGGAAACGAUGAUGACGUCACGCCGCUCGUCUGGCGGCCUGCUGACGUAGUCACGUGGCCACGUUAAACCAAUCAGAGCGCAGUUUCUGUCUGCGGAAGUGCGUGAAGCCGGUUUUUCGGGUGUCAAUCGCAAUCAUGCUGCUGUGGAUUCUGUCCGGCUCUCUGGUUCUGUUCAGCAGUUUUGACGUCUGGUACUUCCUGAGAGGCUCGUGGAUGGUGAUCAAGUCCUGGUUCCAGGGGCCGGUUCGAGAUGUUCUGGCCGAGCAGGUGGUUCACGGACGGGUUCUCCUUCACGAUCUGGACUUUAUGUGUCACAUGAAUAACGCCCGCUAUCUGCGCGAGUGCGACUUCGCCCGGUACGCACACUGCACCCGGAACGGGCUCUUCCUGGCCGCACGCGCGCUCGACGCCACCAUGCUGGUCGGAGCCACGACCAUCCGCUACAGACGCUCGCUGGCGCUCGGCGAGGCGUUCGAGCUGCGCACCCGGAUCGUGGCGUGGGAUGAGAAGUCCUUCUACCUGGAGCAGAGGUUCGUGUCCAAGUCAGACGGGUUCGUAUCUGCUGUCAUGCUGUGCAGGCAGAAUGUUAUUCGCGGAAAUCCACAGAAGAUCUUGGAACACCUUUGCAAGAGGAAGGUGGAUUGCCCUGAGAUCUCAGAGGAUCUUCAGCACUGGAUUAGAUUUAUCUCUGCCAGCAGUCAGGCUCUGAGAGCAGAGAGUGGACUGGACGACAAGACCAAAUGAUAAAUUCAAAGACUCUUACCG